AUGCGACAAAUCAAGCCUCUGAUAACUAGUCCACAAAAUCAAUGUGAAAGGAAUUCUAAAGACUUCGGGAACGAAAUUGUUGAAGUAUCUGAUGAUGAAGAUAUUAUAUUCAAAGAUUCGCAACCAGGAGCAUCCGAUUUGAACACUCAGGAUACGGCAAUAACUAUUACGCUAUCGAAUUCGUUUGCAAAUGUGUCGCAGUCUAACAAUCUCCAGUCGAACUCUGUUGCUACCGUUGAGAGCCACAACAAAGAUGAUAGGUGUCUUGUGUCUGAAAUUGCAACAAAUUUGGUGCCAGCAAAAGAUGUUCCUGAGAAUAGCUCAUUGCCGAGUGUUGACGACAGCUUUGAGGAUGAUUUCUAUGAUGAUAUGGAACUAUUAUCUGAUGAGGGUGACGCUCGAGAAGAACGUUCAGCAGGCGUAGAACCAGCAGUCACGGCAUUGCAAUUAAGGGCAACAACAUUCACAAACACUCAACCUGGGCAACGAAACGAUAUGCAUGGUCAAUUCCGAGGUUUGUUCCAAGAUGACAGUGUGGAAUUCGAAGAUGAAGUGGGUUUGCUGGGUAGAGAACGUCGCGAUGAGAUGUAUGAAGUGUUGAAAACAAAAUUUGGCUUCAAUCAGUUCAGACAUCGACAAAAAACCGUAAUCACGGCCGCCCUACUUGGCUACGAUUGCUUCGUGCUUAUGCCCACUGGUGCUGGCAAAAGUCUGUGCUAUCAAUUACCGGCAGUGUUGUCGAAGGGCGUCACGAUUGUGAUAUCACCAUUGAAAUCGUUGAUUGAAGAUCAAAAAAUGAAAAUGAAACAGCUUGAGGUUUGUACAGAGACGCUUUUACUACUCAGCAUUCUCACUCAUAGGGAUUGUCAUUGA